AUGACCCAGAUUACAAAUUAUCAUCGUAGCAUCCGAGGACACGUUCAUAGGGUGUACUUAUUAAAAGGCCCUUGUCAACCUCGUAAUUACAAUUUUCCACGAAGGAAAAUUGGGCAAUCAUCAAAAAGGUUUAACGCUUCAUGGUUUGCUAAAUUUGGUGGUAGGUUGGAGUAUGACAUAGCUAAAGAUGCUGCAUUUUGCCUUUGUUGUUACCUUUUUAAACCCGUCAUAGGAGACCAAGGAGGUGAUAAGUCUUUUGUUGUUGAUGGGUUUUCAAGUUGGAAGAAGAACGAAAGGUUGCAAGGUCACGUGGGAGGUGUUAACAGCUCUCACAAUCAAGCUUGGAGAAAAUAUCAAAAUGAGAAUCUCAGAGCUGUUUUGUCAAAAGAUGUUCCUGAACACCUUAAGUUGACAACACCUAGUAUUCAAAAGGAUAUUCUUAACGCCAUUGCAGUUGAAACUACCAAUGCUAUUGUUAGAGAACUUGGUGAUGGCAUGUUCUCUAUUGUUUUUGAUAAAUCUUGGGAUGCAUCGAUGGAGGAGCAAUUUAUUGUUUCUUUUAGUAUGUGGAAAGUAGGGGAUAUGUGA